CGCAUGUUGUGUAUCCAGGCUUGUUUGUAGUGAAACGAGAUCCAGCCUCGAGAUCCGAUAGCAGUAGGUGGGUCUCUCACAGCGCGGUAUUGUACGGAGGGUUUCAUUACCACAGCCGCAGGGAGCAGCGGGCAAGAUUGGACGUCAAUUCACUGGGAUUAUUAAAACCCCGGCAACGAUUUAAAUAUUGAGGGGCCGUUCUCGUUUUGUUUGGAGGAGGUUCCUGCACCCUGCGGGGAUGUUUAACUGGAGUAGUAGGGUUUCUAUUACGCUGGCAUCGCCGUGCGCCUCAGUAGGAGCAGUUAACUGUAACUCUGGGCUGGAGGUGGUUUGCUUCUCGCGGAGCUCCGAGUGAGAGAGACCAGUGCCGGCUCGUGUAGCCUAACCUAAAGCCCGCUACUCAGCCUGAGACAGUUGGACAGCAUCUCCGCGCAAAACGGACCUACAAUUCCGAACGCAACCGGUUUAUUUUAGCGCUUGACAACAUCUGUAAUAUUUUUGGUAUUGCCAAACAUGAGGAUUUUUGAAGACAUUUAAUUACGAGUAUAUCUUUAGUCUAUUUUGGGAAUUUAUUUCCCAAUAGUUUUAUUUGUCAUUUUUAUUAUACGCAUCUGUUUUACUUUAAUAUCUUAUCAACUUUGUUUUUCACUAAAACUUUUUGGGAAACAUUUUCUUACCCCAGCACUUGUUUUGGGAAAACAAGAGCGCUCCUGGACGUGACAUGAGGACUGUCGCCUGGCUGUCCGCUCGGCAUUGUCAUUGUAAUUUUCAUGUGUCAUGUCGAUUGUCGGAUGCCCGAGGACACGCGAUGUCGUUUUGCAUUUUGACAAACUGAAGGUUAUGGGCUGGAACAAAACGAACUGAGGAACGCUAUAGUAGCCUGAAUGGGGGCAAUUAUGCUGGAGUCCCAUAUAUUCUAGGGUUUUCAUUCGCACACCAACCCAUGGGGAUUUAAAUAUAUAUAUAUAUAUAUUCUAGCAUACCAUUUUAUUUUUUACGUUUUCCUUUCUUUCUUUUUUACUGGACCAAUUUUAGGAUGGUGUUAUAUUGCUGCUCGAGCGCCUUGGAACUUUAUAUUAAGUUCACCUGCAGCUUUUUAUUCGUGUUUUUACUGUUCCAAAUUCCACAGUCCUCCUCGCCUUUAAUUACAGGUACAGAAGCCAGCUGCGAGAACGAAGGAGAGGUGCUCCACAUACCCAACAUAACGGACAACCCGUGCAUCACCUGCGUCUGUCUGGAUGGGAAGGCAGACUGUAAGCAGGAGAAGUGUCCCCUGGUGUCUGAGGACUGUGCUCUGGUGGUCAAACAGACGGGAGCCUGCUGUGAGAGAUGCAAAGGUUGUCAGCUGGAUGGAGAGUCCUAUAAUAGUUCUGUCUCCUGGACCAGCUCCACCAAGCCCUGCAUCUCUCGCCGCUGUCAGGAAGGUGUCAUAACUGAAGCGGAAGUGCAAUGUGUCGUCCACUGCAAGAACCCCAAGAUUCACCCCAAGAAGUGCUGUCCAACGUGCCAGAGCUGUAUCUUCGAGGGCCGUCUGUACAAAGAGAGGGAAGAGUUUCACCCAGAGAGAAAACCCUGUAUUAAAUGCACCUGCACUGGAGGGCGGACCCUAUGCAUCAGGGAGGUGUGUCCUGUCCUCUCAUGCCCCACCCACCUGAGCCACACUCAGCCCGGACAGUGCUGUCCCAAGUGCCUCGGUCAGAGGAAAGUGUUUGACCUGUCGAUGGGAAGUUGUCUGUUCCACAGUGAGGUCUAUGAGAACGGCACCUCCUUCAAGCACGACAACUGCACCAGCUGUACCUGCAAGAAUUCCACUGUGGUGUGCAGGAAGCGCUGCUCUCGGCCUGGCAGUUGCCAUGGUGACCAGUGCUGUGAGGAGUGUCUGUCCUUCGUGAAGGUAGCGGAAGUGAAGUACUGCCGGGUCAGGAACAAGAUCUACCGGGAGGGAGACAUGUGGUCGUCUGUGAACUGCACCCUGUGUGCCUGUAUCAAUGGGGCCAUCGAGUGCCAGCCAAAGCAGUGUGUGCCAAUCAUCAGUUGCCCCUCGAAUAAGAUCCUGAACAGAACAGGCUGCUGCCCGGUUUGCACUGAAAAGCCAGGCGUGUGUACCGUAUGCGACCCCCACUACAACACCUUCGACGGGCGCACGUUUAACUCAGGAACCUGCCAGUAUGUUCUGACUCAAGACUGUGGUGGUGUCCCCUCCGGCGGGGGUGGAAACAGCGCCGACUCUGGCUUCACGGUUCUGGUGAGGAACGAUGCGAGGCGAACCCGCUCCUUCUGGACCCAGUCAGUGGAGCUGAGGGAUAGGAGGGCUGAGUCUCAGCCUGCACCGCACCUGACGGUGAGGAGGAACAGCACACGCAUCGCCCUGCCCUACCAUGGCCCUGGGGUCCACAUCGACCUGGAUGGAUACCUGCUCAAACUCACCACCUCGUCUGGAGAUCACGUGGGGACGGGGACAGCUUUUGUGGAGGUGGUGGCUGCUCCUCACCUGCGCCGUGGUCGUCUCUGGGGCCUCUGUGGGAACUACAAUGGACACAAGCGGGAUGACACCAUGGGCAGCGACGGCCUCUUCAAGUUUCGUGUGGAUGAGUUUGCCGAGUCGUGGCGCGUGGACGGAACGCAGGUUUGUGCCCAGCCCCUCAGGAGGCCCACCUCGUACCUCUGUCCCGGCAGUGUAAAGGUGAAGUUCCGCGCCCACAGGGAGUGUCAGAAGCUCAAGUCUUGGGAGUUCCAAAAGUGUCACCGGGUGGUGGACUUUGCCUCCUUCUACAGGUCCUGUGUAACAGACAUGUGUGAGUGUCCGGUGCAUAAGAACUGUUACUGUGAGUCCUUCAUUGCCUACAGCCGGGCCUGUGAGAGGGAGGGCCCCGUCCACUGGAAGCCAGAGGCUGCCUGCAUGGCCACCCAGUGUAAACACGGAGCGGUGUAUGACACCUGUGGCCCGGGCUGCACCAAGACCUGUGACAACUGGAACGAGAUCGGGCCUUGCCACAAGCCCUGCGGCGGCUGCCACUGCCCAGCCAACCUGGUGCUGUUCCAGGGCCGCUGCAUCAAGCCCACAGCCUGCCCUGGCCGGUGACCCUAGUGUCCCAGAGGAAGGGGGCCGAGAGAGGGCCAAACAACCAACACUGCCUGGCACUCAGGGUUCAUACCUGGGGGAGUGAGGA